UCAUUUCUUGCUCCUCGGAGAAAUCUAACAGAAGCCUCUUCCUCCAGGCUUGACUUUACGAAACACAACAACAGGGACUUACCACCAACCAAACCUUCUUCUCUCUAUCCUGUUCAUGCUAAAACCACUGCUAUAGCUAGGGUUUAUUUGCAGACCGAUAUGGCUUUUCAAGGAAAGAAGCUUAUCAACGACCCUAACGAUGUGGUGACCGAGUUCAUUGAGGGUCUUGUAGAAACUUAUCCUGGACUACAGUACUUAGAUGGCUUUCCUGAGGUAAAAGUCGUGAUACGAGCUGAUGUUAUUGCUGCAACAUAUGGGAAGGUUGCAGUUAUAUCAGGUGGUGGAAGUGGACAUGAACCUGCACAUGCUGGAUUUGUGGGAGAAGGAAUGCUGACAGCAGCAGUCUGUGGAGAUAUUUUUACCUCCCCACCCGUUGAUUCAAUUUUAGCUGCAAUUCGAGCUGUGACUGGUCCACUGGGGUGUCUCUUGAUUGUCAAGAAUUAUACUGGUGAUCGUCUAAAUUUUGGUUUGGCUGCAGAACAAGCUAAAUCGGAAGGUUAUAAAAUAGAGUCUGUCAUUGUUGGGGAUGAUUGUGCUUUACCUCCACCUCGUGGUAUAGCUGGGAGAAGAGGCUUGGCAGGGACUGUUCUUGUUCAUAAGGUUGCGGGAGCUGCUGCUGCAGUUGGCCUUUCACUUGUUGAUGUUGCUGCUGAGGCAAAGCGUGCAUCUGAGACGGUUGGAACGAUGGGUGUCGCUUUGUCUGUUUGCACACUGCCUGGCCAGGUCACAUCAGAUCGUUUGGGGCCUGGAAAGAUGGAACUUGGUCUUGGAAUUCAUGGGGAACCUGGUGCUGCUGUGGCCGACCUUCAGCCUGUGGAUGUGGUGGUUUCUCACGUUCUUAAUCAGAUUUUGUCUCCAGAAACUAAUUACGUUCCAAUUACACGCGGUAACAGAGUGGUUCUUAUGAUUAAUGGUUUAGGUGCCACCCCUAUGAUAGAGUUAAUGAUUGCAGCUGGAAAAGCAGUACCUAAGUUGCAGCUGGAAUUUGGCCUGGCAGUUGAAAGAGUCUACUCAGGGUCAUUUAUGACCUCUCUCGAUAUGGCAGGAUUUUCAAUAUCAAUAAUGAAGGCUGAUCAGACAAUUUUACAACGUUUGGAUGCUCCAACUAAGGCUCCACAUUGGCCUGUUGGCACAGAUGGUAAUCGUCCACCUGCCAAGAUUCCUGUUCCAUUGCCACCAUCUCAUUCAACAAAGAUUGAAGAGUCUCUUAGUCGACCGCUACAACUGAGUCCACAAGGCCAUAUUCUUGAGGUGGCUAUUGAAGCAGCAGCAAAUGCAAUUAUUACUGUCAAGGGUAGUUUAAACGAAUGGGACAGCAAAGUGGGGGAUGGUGACUGUGGGUCAACAAUGUAUAGAGGUGCAAUAGCAAUUCUGGAGGACAUGAAAAAGUAUUAUCCUCUAAACGAUGCUGCAGAAACAGUAAAUGAAAUUGGAUCAUCUGUCAGAAGAGUUAUGGGAGGAACAAGUGGAAUCUUAUACAAUAUCUUUUUUAAGGCUGCAUACGCACAGUUAAAGGCAAAUGCUCAGUCAGAUGUUACCUCGAAAGAAUGUGAGACAAAUCUUAUGUGAUUAGCAUUUCUAUCCCUGC